AUGGCGCGGGGCCGCGCCAGGGGGCGCUGCGCCAGCACGGACGGCAGCGGCGCAGAGCCCCGGUGGCAGCGGGGGCCUGAGCUCACCCCGCAUCCCCCCCGACGGCAGCCGAGGGGCCGGGCUCGCUGCGACAGGGGCCGGGCGGGCAGGCGGCCGGGAGGCGGCGGUGCUGCCCACGGAACGGGAGGUGGUGGUGUUGGCCACGGAAUAGGAGGCGGCUGUACUGCCCACGGAACGGGAGGUGGCGGUGGUGAUGUUGCCCACGGAACGGGAGGUGGUGGUGUUGCCCACGGAACGGGAGGUGGUGGUGUUGGCCACGGAAUAGGAGGCGGCUGUACUGCCUAUGGAGUAGGAGGUGGCUGUGCUGCCCACGGAACGGGAGACGGCGGUGUUGCCCACGGAACGGGAGGUGGCUGUGCUGCCCACGGAACGGGAGGUGGUGGUGUUGCCCACGGAACGGGAGGUGGCGGUGGUGAUGUUGCCCACGGAACGGGAGGUGGUGGUGUUGCCCACGGAACGGGAGGCAGCGCCGGGCCGGAGCCGCGCCCUUCCCAGCGUUUGCUCGGGCACAGGGAUCUGCCCCCAAACCAAACCCGCCCGCUGCCUGCUCCGCAGGGGGAGGUGAGGCCGCUGGAGAACAGAUGGAGCGCGCAGCCCUGCUCUAAGUGCCGCUCAUCGUAUUCAGAUGUGACUGAUUCCGGAGGAGGCACACGGGACAGAGGAACGCUGUGUCCACUGGAGCCACUCACAGGGAAGAGAAGCGAGAGGAAGAGGUUCCAGGCAAUCAAGACACAGAAUUGCAAUAAAACGGAGCACGUACUCAGGAGAAGCACAUUCAGAUGUGCGAUGUCCUCUUUUUCCUCAACAAGUCAUCAGCACCUUGCAUCAAGUCCCCGACAAAAAUGACAACAAAGCAGACGCAGCAGAUCACUGUACCAUUGGCCUGGGAGAGCUGCCAAGCAGUCGCCUGUCCCAGCACACAGCACACACAGCUCACUGGCCUGCUCCCAGAACAAAGUCAGGCACACAUGGAAACACUUCCAGGACAGAGUGAGAAUGCUGAGUGUUUUACUCUGCUAUAGAGUGGGUGGCAAAGGCAAAGCCUGGACACAAAAAGAAAACGUAUAUGGCUGAACGUCUGUAACCUGAAUUUCUUUUGUUCUCCCAGACAAAAAUAAAACAUCUAAAACAGGUUAACCACCCAAAAGAGUUAAAGCUAUGACCUUAUGAAUUAAACUGAAUCAAGAGAGGGGAAAUGUAAGCAGCAAAAGGUACAGAGUGUGUUGAGGGACAAAAGUUUUGAAGAAAAAAAUAAAUAUUGAAACUAUUAGAGCAAAUUCAUCUGCAAUGCAAUGCAAUAGAAACAAAUAAAGAAAGUCAGAUCUGAAAAGAGAUCAUGGUAAACUGAGGGGAAAAAAUUCUUCAAACAAAAACUUCUGUCUAACAAAAUGUUUUGUCACAUAGAAGCAGGCACUAAAAAUUAGAAAAAAAUACAUGAAUCCAUGACUGUG